GGACAUAGGCCUUAAGAGUCGAUUUAGGCGAUUUUUAGCGAUUGGCGACUCGGCGUCAUGAAGGACGCUUUUACACCUGAAAAUAGCCGUUCAAUAUUCGAUAGAAAAAAGUUCAUGUUAUUAAAAUAAAUUUUCCUCCUGGAUAUCUUUAGCGUGUAACCGCAGGUGUAAAGGCAUUCACGACGCCGAGUGUACACUCUGGUACACUUUGGUACGUGUACCAGUCGCCAAAAAUCGUCUUUUGUUGACGUAGUAUUUUACAAUAAAUUUUAGGCGAUCUUAAAUAUUAAAUAUUCACGAUAUCGCCCAUAUUUUCAAGUAACAGUAAUAUUUCAUAAUUCUUCGUACACUUUCUCAUUAAUUUUGUUCUGUUUUUAACUCGUGGUCUUUUAAUCUCUUUUCACCACUUGUUAAUUCGUGUAGAAGUAAUUAUUUAUUAUUAUUAUUUUACUUCACUUUGAUUACAUUUUUGCCAAUUUACGAGCGUUCGCAACAACGCAUUGUACUUUUGUAAGCUUGAAUUUUGUCGUACAUUUUCGCGAAUACUAUAUUUGAAUAAAAAUAAUUUUAUCGAAUCAUACCUUUCUGUCGCCAUUACUUUCUACCUGCGUCUCGUCGAUUCUUGCGUAUUUCCGAUCGACGUUCGUCUCCAUGGAAACCGGAAAAGUGGAGUCUGUUUGAGUGAGUGCUCGUCCGCACGUUUAACCUCACGUAUCUCGUCGCACGAAGGUUGUGUACAAACAUCGCAGGCGCGAAAACAUCAACGUCGUUUUCACAGAGUGUCGAGUAUAUCGUGAAAAUUCGAUAAGAGUGGCACGCGUAAUUUAUUACGAUGAUCAGAACAUCGACACUUAUUUUACUUUUGAUAAACUUUUACGCCGCACAUUGCCAGGAUGUUGACAUCGACAAGGAAGGCUACGUCGUUUACUGCCCUUGCAUGGGGCGCUUCGGUAAUCAGGCGGAUCACUUUCUGGGGGUCCUGGGCUUCGCCCAGGCACUGAAUCGCACUCUGGUGCUACCGCCGUGGGUCGAGUAUCGCACGGGAGAGACGAGAUCUGUGCAAGUACCGUUUGAUACCUACUUCAACGUUUCCCAAGUGCAGAGCUGCCACAAGGCGAUAUUGAUGGAGGACUUUAUGAGGGACGUCGCGCCAACGAUAUGGCCGCCCGAGAAAAGAAUAUCUUUCUGCUACGAGGCCCGCGUGGGCAGCAACGGAAUGUCCUGCAACGCGAAGCAGGGGAAUCCGUUCGGGCCCUUCUGGGACACGUACAACAUAGACUUCGUCAAGUCGGAGUUUUACAAGCCGCUCCAUCAUCACGAUGUGUUUUAUACCCGCGCGAGGCUCCAGCAGUGGCUGAAGGUGUAUCCCGGCGAGACUUGGCCGGUGCUGGCGUUCACGGGCGCGCCAGCCAGUUUCCCGGUCCAGCCCAUGAACAAGCCCCUGCAGAAGUGCGUUAACUGGAACGACGACAUGUUGAAGAAGGCGAAUGCGUUUAUAAAGGGAAAAUUGCCGAGGGCCGCGUUCGUCGGCAUACAUCUGCGAAAUGGAAUCGAUUGGGAACGCGCCUGCGAACACAUACCGUCCGCGCCGGAUCUUUUCGCCGCUCCCCAGUGCCUUGGUUACCAGAACGAACGUGGCAAGGCAACUCCCUCGAUGUGCCUGCCGUCGUUCGAGACGAUAAUAACUCAACUGAAGCGCGUUAUCCGCAACGGCAAAGACAUUAAGUCUGUGUUUGUGGCGUCUGACAACGAUCACAUGUUGGGCAGGUUCGAAGAAGCCUUGUCGCAAAUGAAGAUAUCAGUAUUUCGGCAGGAGCCGCCGGUAUCCGCGCAUUUGGACCUGGCGAUUCUCGGAAGGUCUAAUUAUUUCAUAGGCAACUGCAUCUCUUCCUUCACCGCUUUCGUGGCCAGAGAAAGAGAGGUCAGGGGAUACCCGACAUUCUUCUGGGGUUACCCUCCCAAAACCAGAACGGAACUGUGAUAUUACAUUUUGUAACACAAUACCUGUCUAAAGUGCAUAAUCGUCAGUUUUUUGACCUUUUUUUUAUAUUUAUAUGCUUGUUAAUCAACCGCCGACGAGAUUAACGUAUAUUUAUUGUGAGAAAAUACAAUUUUGUGACAUGUACAGAGCGCGGACUGACAAUAAGAAACGAAAUAUUUCACCAAAUAUUUCGGAUCUUCGGUAUAUAUUUCGCAAUAAAAAGUUUGUAUGAAACAAA